ACCGAACCCAAAAACACAAUCUCUCCCCUUCUCUCUAUCUCUCUCAUCUCAAUGGAGAACUCGCCGAGAUACAGAGAUGCUUCAACGAAUCUGAUCCCAUCUCCUCGUUGCCACAACAACAACAACAACAGCAGUUGCAGCAGCACUGAGAGCAACAACAACAACAAACCUCCAACAACUCCGACCCGACACGUAACAACAAGAUCCGAAUCCGCAAACCCAUACCCGACAACUUUCGUCCAAGCCGACACUUCUUCCUUCAAACAAGUCGUCCAGAUGCUAACCGGAUCCUCCGACAGACCCAAACAACACAACACCUCCUCCCUUAAACCCAACCAAACCCACCAACCCGACCCGAGAUCCACUCCCUCCCAAUUCUCAAUCCCACCAAUCAAAGCCGUGCCCAACAAGAAACAGUCCUCCUCUUCCGGGUUCCGUCUCUACGAGCGCCGUAACUCCAUGAAGAACCUAAAAAUCAACCCAUUAAACCCGGUUUUCAACCCGGUUAACUCGGCCUUCUCGCCCCGGAAACCCGAGAUCCUCUCCCCGAGCAUCCUCGACUUCCCUUCUCUCGUUCUAAGCCCCGUCACGCCUCUUAUACCCGACCCGUUUGAUCGAUCCGGGUCGUCGGGUCAGAGCCCCGACGAGGCUGCUGAGGAGGAGGAGAAAGCUAUUAAAGAGAGAGGCUUUUAUUUGCAUCCGUCUCCGGCGACGACUCCGAUGGAUACGGAGCCGCGUCUGCUUCCUCUGUUUCCGGUGACGUCUCCUCGGGUCUCAGGUUCUUCUACAGAUUCUUGUUCUUGAAUGAAAGAAACGAAUUCUAAUUUUUUUUUUUUUUUUUAAUAAUCAUUUGCUUUGUGAUUUUUAGUUAUAUUAUUAUAAAAAUGGGGGAUUCGAGAUGAAUCCUUUUAUGAGAGUUUGUUAUUAUAUGAGAGAUGAUUGUAAUGCUGAGAUGAGAUGUUUGUCAAGCCAACUGCGGUUUCAAUUGUAUUAAAUCUCUUAUGGGUUUUGUUGAUUUGG